AAGCAGUCUUGUCCUUAACGUAGAACAGCUGCAGUGGUCCCUAAUCUGCAGUCAGGCAGUGUUUGACCUUCUGAUGUAGUAUUCAUAGCUUAACAGAGGUGGUUGUAAUCUACAGAUAUAGAACUGGGUGCGCAUAUCUGUGGUCGAAGGUCGGUGUAUUUUAUAUUGAUAUCGUACUUCAAAGGUCGGAAUUUGUUUUUUUAUAUACUUGAACCUAUGAGAGCUUAGCCAAAAUGAAAUUAAUUUUAAAGUAAUGUAUAGUGUAGAGAACUGGAGAGCACAGUGACUGCGACGCGAUACUGUCACCCAUUUCAAAGUAAAGUUCAAUUAUCAUUAUGUCCACUUCUCUUUUGUUUACAUCAAUUGUUAAUCAUGUUAUCAACACGGGGAAUAUUACGCGGUGCAGCGGGCGGGCGAGAAAUAGGGGCGGACAACUCAGAGGCUGGCCAAAUUUUGUGCGAGCAAUGGCGACCGGUGUGAAAGAUGCAGGUGAUUGUAACUGUUUGGAGAGGACAGAAAAGUGUUUUGUGACAAUAGAAAACAUGAAUCCAUGUAUAAAAAGAAUGGAGUAUGCGGUGCGAGGCCCUCUUGUCAUUAGGGCGUCGGAAAUCGAAAAGGAACUGCAGGAGGGAGUCAAGAAGCCCUUUACUGAGGUGAUCAAAGCCAACAUUGGAGACUGUCAUGCAAUGGGACAAAAGCCAAUCACGUUUAUCAGACAGGUUCUCGCCUUAGUUUCGUAUCCAGUCCUGCUUGAUGAUCCCCGGUUCCCCACUGAUGCCAAGGCUCGAGCAAAAGAUAUCCUGGCUGGCUGCAGAGGCGGAAGUGUUGGAUCGUACACAGACUCCCCUGGCAUUGAGAUCAUAAGGAGGCAUGUCGCACAGUACAUAGAGAGAAGAGAUGGGAUUCCCAGUAACUGGGAGAAUAUAAUAUUGUCAGCUGGAGCAUCUGAUGCCAUCAAGUCAGUUUUGAAGCUGCUGGUUAAUGAGGUUGAUGGCAAGAAAACUGGAGUGAUGGUGCCUAUCCCUCAGUAUCCCCUCUACUCAGCGACACUGGCAGAAUUCAACAUGCAUCAGAUCGGUUACUACUUAGACGAAUCACGGGCAUGGGGGAUGGAUAUAGCCGAGCUACAGCGAGCUUUAGACGAAGCAAAGAAACACUGUAUUCCACGAGCCAUUGUGGUUAUCAACCCUGGGAAUCCCACAGGUCAGGUGCUAUCCAGAACAAACAUAGAAGAAAUUAUCAAAUUUGCACACAAAGAAGAAUUGUUUAUAUUUGCAGAUGAGGUGUAUCAGGACAAUGUGUAUGACCCUAAUAGCAAGUUCCAUUCAUUCAAGAAAGUUCUGGUGGAGAUGGGAAAGCCAUAUCACAAGAUGGAGUUGGCGUCAUUUAUGUCAUGUUCAAAAGGUUACAUGGGGGAAUGUGGCCUGCGUGGUGGUUAUACAGAAGUUGUCAAUUUGGAACCUGAUGUUAGAGCAAUGCUGUUUAAAUCCAUUUCUGCGAUGCUGUGUCCCACUGUUCUUGGACAGAGCGUGAUGGAUCUAGUUGUGAAUCCACCAAUGCCGGGAGAGCCCUCCUAUGAUCAGUAUGUGAAGGAGAAGAAGGCUGUACUCCAUUCGCUAGCGGAGCGAGCCAAGAUGGUUGCUGAAACAUUUAACAGUAUUGAGGGAGUGUCUUGUAACAAAGUUCAAGGUGCUAUGUAUGCUUUCCCAAAGCUUGAUCUUCCAAAGAAAGCCAUCGAGAAGGCAGAAUCUUUAGGACAGUGUGCAGAUGUUUUCUAUGCAUUCCAGCUGCUUGAAAAUACAGGCAUCUGUAUAGUACCAGGAUCUGGCUUUGGGCAGCAAGCAGGCACUUUCCACUUCAGGACUACGAUUCUGCCACAGCCAGAUAAGUUGAAGAUUAUGCUGAACAAAUUUAAGGAGUUCCAUCUAAAGUUCCUUGCAGAGUAUAAGUAAGCUUUCCUUAUUUCAUGUUUUUCUUCCCACCAAACUCGAAUCAUGUUAAGUUUUAUGUAAAUACCUUGAAGGUAAUUUUAAUAUGUAAUUUUUAUUUCAUUAGGGACUGAAAGUGUGGCAUCUGUACAUACAUAUCAGUUUAUUGAACAGUAAUUGUUUGGUAAGGUGAUCUGUUCAGAAGGUGGAGUUCAGAGUUGAGAUGCAUAAUUGAGGGGAAAGGGCUAACAUAAGUAAGUUUGUGCAAAUGCUUUGAAUUUUUGUGUGCAAUAUUGACUUCAUCUUAGGAAUCUCUUAUUAGAAUUCUUAUUCAUGUAUGUUCUGAAUGUGUAAAGUUAAUUCUCUUGUUAAAUUAGUAUGUAGUAAUAUUAUGCAGUAGAAUUUGGUUACUAAUAUUGCAAUCUUAACUGACAAAUUGCGUCAUCUGUUAAGCAGCUGUCAUAUUUCAACUUGGCUCUUCAAAUGAAAGACGUACAUACUAACAGGAUACUGCCAUAAUGUAAUACAUUUCAUAAGUAUUCUUGAGCCUGUGUAUGAACAGUUUUAAUGAAAAUUUAACAUUUCUCUUCAAAGGUAUUUCAGGCUUGGUUGUUUAUUGUUAAGUUGUAUUGGGUGGGAGUAUGUAUUAGAUGGGAUCAGAAUGGUAGUGAAUCCCUAAUUGGUACUCUUCAUCUAAUGUUAUUAGAACUAUUUAAUUCGAAGAUGAUGAGCUGGAAGGGAUGUGACUAGUGUGUGGAAGAAACAAGAUAUACAUACAAAAUUGUAGUCCUAAUUCCAAGGGAAGAAACCAUUGGAAAAUAUGGGCAUAGUUUGUAGGGCAAUAAUAAAACUCAUUUUGGAGAAAUAAGGAAUGAGGGCGUGGUUUGGAUUAAACUGGCUCCUGAUUUGGGAUGGUACUGGGGCUGUGGGGACAUGUUAAUGGACUCAUCAUCUUGAAAACUAUAACUAAUCACACAAGGCUGUGGUCCAUGGAGUUAGUCCUUUUAUACUAAAGUCAAUUAAUGGUUAUGUGCCAUAGUUAAAGAUUGGAGUAUUUAAUAGUUUUUAUACUGUUUUUAUAUAAAUUAUAUAUAAAUAUAUAUAUAUAUAUAUUAUAAGUAUAUAAUUAUGUAGUUGUUGUAACAUUUGAGGUUUUCAUAACAAUGACUGUUCAUUGCAGUCUUCUUAGUUUGAGAGGUCAUGUGAUCUUGUAAUUGGAUACCUUCAUUUCAGGGGAACAUGCUUCCUCCAUCUUCAAGGUUGAAGUUACUUCAGCCCUGAAGAUGGAGGCAACAUGUUCCUCCAGAAUGUCGGCAGAUUGUAACAACUUAGAAGACCGGAAUUUUGAUUGUGUAGUGUCCUUUUAAGUAUUUUAAUAUAAAAAGAUAUUUAUGUUUGCAUAUCUGGAUAGAUAUGUAUAGGAUCCAGAUUAAUGAAAACUGUUUUAUACAUUUAAGAAUUUAGAUUUUCCAUAAUUUGCUCAUUAUGUAACCAGUGUAGUUUUCAUCAGAUUUGGAUACUGGAUUAGCUCAGUCAGUACAGUGCUUUGAUACAAGCUGGAUGGUCAGGGUUUGAUUCCAGGCAGGCACAGUGAUUUAUUUUUUAUUGCCAAGCCUCAACGAGCUCUGGCUUACUGUGGUACUCUAGGCUUCCCUGGAGGUAGGCUGCAAAAGUGUAUAUCUCACCACUCUACCUGAAGCAGGGCUGAGGUUCAUGAUGUAUAGCGUUUUGCCUCCACGCCCGCUGUGUGCCGUCAUGGCGUAAUAGUUAGGCACAGGGUUAACUUUAAAAUCAGCUUUAUACCCAGUGAUUGGUUAACCAUUCAUUUAUUUUUUUGGGGGGGGGAGUCAUUAGUCAUAGAAAUUGUAUCAUUCAAGAAAAGGGUAGAAUUGUAGCAUUCAGGUUUUUGGGUGUGACAUGAACCCAGCCUCACAAAGUUCUAAAUCUGGACCUUCAGGAUAUUUGCCUUCCAGCUCCUUAACAUAGCACACUUAUAUUUUCAACUCCCUGAACUUUGGAGAUGUUAUAUUUGAGACUUUUUUUGGUACAGAUGCAAGAAAAUUUUGCAAAAUUGCACCUCUGUCAGUUUCACCAUGUCUCACUGUCACACAUAAAAACUCAUUACCCAUUGAAUUGGUCUUCAUGGAAUUUUAUGUUAAGUAGUUUUAUUAUAACCUGUCAACACAUUCCAGUCUUUGUUAAAAUGUGACAGCAAUAGCAGAUGCUUUACAGAAAGACCAGCAUGCAUUUCUGUGAGCAUCUCUAAAGACUUAAACAUUUAUUACAGUGACUGACAUUUUGAACCAUUGUAGAGGAAAAUGAAAUGCAUGCGUCAUGCCCAGUACACUUCCAUGAAGUUUUACAGUUUUCAAAAUAAUGAAACAGAAGAGAGCAAAUGAACCAUAUUUGAUAUAUUUGAUUUGGUUCAUCCCAGUGUGUCACAUUAGCAGUAUGACAAAAGGUUAAACAAUUCCAUUCAGUGUCACUGAUAUGUCCUUCUGAAGAUGGUCUGUAAGACCGAAACAUGUCAAGGAUGAAAGAUUGAAAAGGAGAGAAAGAAAAUAAAAACAUUUUAUUAGUCACACUUGACAGAGUUGAUUAGCCUUUUGUCAUACUUCAUAUACUCUGCGUACGCUUUAUAACUUAUUUGCCACACCAGUAGUGACUUCAGAUAAGUUCGUUAGCACUAUAUUACAGAGCAGAUUUUAUCUUCUUUUCCUGUCUGCAUUGUGAAAAAUAAUCUGAAUUUAUUUUUUACCUCCAUACCAGGCACCUUAUUGGUAUGUUGCAUAAGCACAGACGUAAUACUUCAUAUUAAAUAUGUAUAUUAUGAAUAGGGGAACACUUUCUUGUGUAUUAAGGUCCAUUCAGAAUGAAGUGGAAUUUGGGACAUUGGGUAUUGUCACAUCCAUAAUCAGAAAGUUUGUAAAAAUGUGUAGAAAAUAUCUUAAUAUAGAAGGUAUUAUAUAUUUUCAUGUAUUAGGGUGACUGUUAAUGGGGUUUGGAUUAGUGAUUUGAUUUAUUGGCCGCUUACAGGUUGUACUACAAACAACUGUAACCCUAUUGCUAUUCACCGUUCCACACACUACUGUCUUCAGUCUGUUACAGUCUCCGCUAUCUGUUUCCUGGCAGCUGAUUUCAACACAGCAUCUAUAACAGCCUCACUGAAUUA